AUUUUAUUUGUAGCCUUUACUAAAAUAAACCAAAUUUAUUUAUCGUGUGCUAAGAAUGAUAUUAUCUUAAUGUCCGUAUAAAUCUGACAAUAAUAACUUAUUAUAACUGAUGAGUUUUAGCAUUUGUUUAAAUGUGAUUAUUGAAAGCCAUUACAAGUUUUAAACUCGUAUGUAACGCAAGUAUUUCAUUGAAAUUUAAAAAUGGCAAGUAACAAUGAAAAAGUUGAUAUGCUUUUAGUUUAUGGUGAAUGUCGACGUAAUUCACGAAAUGCCGCUAGACUUUAUGCAGAACGAUAUCCCGAACGAUAUCACCCUCCUCACAAUUACUUUGUCCGAAUUGAAUCAUCUUUGAGAAAUAGUGGUGGGCUACCUGCAAGACGAGGUGAUAAUCAGCGUAAUCAAAGACAGUUGAUUGGACAGGUAAACGAACAGAACGAAUUGCAGGUAUUAGCUUAUGUUCAAUUAAAUCCUCGAUCUUCGAUUAGGCAUUUAAGCAACGAAAUUGGAAUUUCUUGUAAAAAAGUUCAAAAAAUUUUGAAAAAAAAUGAAUUGCACCCGUGUAGACCUGAUUUAGUACAAAAGUUGGUACCAGGUGAUUCUAAUCGUAAACUUACAUUUAUUACAUGGUUUAUGAUACAAUUACACGACGAACCCGAUUUUCUACGAUUUAUCUGUUGGACCGACGAAUCAAAGUUUACCAACAACGGUAUAAUUAAUAAACAAAAUAACCGGUAUUGGGCUGAUCAUAAUCCAUAUUGGACGACUGAUACAAAUCACCAAACAGUUUGGGGAACUAACGUUUGGUGUGGGUUAUUAGAUGGGAGACUUCUCGGCCCGUAUUUUUACGAUGGUACACUUACCGGGAGAAGAUACUUGGAGUUUACAUGAACUAACAUUUACGUCUAAUUGAGGUUAAUUAAUUCCUCAAAAUUAAAUUUAAAUGAUAU